UCCAGCAGGGGAGCCGGGCACGGCGGCUCCGCCCAGGACAGCCGGGGUGGGGGCCAGUUCCCAUAGGGAUAGCGGGCCAGGCAGGCCGAGAGCGGAGCCCGGCAGGAGUCGGCGAGGAGGAAGCAAGGCACGGCCGGCAGCGUGGCCCGUCCUUGGUGAAGCCGUUGCUGAAUGGGACUCCAGUACAGUCUGUUCGUGCCGAUGUUUUACAAGCGACAUUUUCAAACUAUGUGAAGAUCCAUUUUAAGAAAGUUUAUUCCUCUGUGAUGGAGAAGUAUGAAAAAAUUGGGAAAAUUGGUGAAGGCUCCUAUGGAGUUGUUUUCAAAUGCAGAAACAGGGACACGGGCCAGAUCGUGGCCAUCAAGAGGUUUCUGGAAUCAGAAGAUGACCCUGUCAUAAAGAAAAUCGCCCUUCGAGAAGUCCGCAUGCUCAAGCAACUCAAGCACCCCAACCUUGUCAACCUGAUUGAAGUCUUCCGGAGGAAGCGGAGGCUUCACCUGGUGUUUGAGUACUGUGACCACACGGUUCUCCAUGAAUUGGACAAAUACCAAAGAGGGGUUCCAGAACAUCUCGUGAGGAGCAUAACUUGGCAGACACUGCAAGCUGUAAAUUUUUGCCAUAAACACAAUUGCAUACAUAGAGAUGUGAAGCCAGAAAAUAUCCUGAUCACAAAACAUUCAGUGAUUAAGCUUUGUGACUUUGGAUUUGCUCGGCUUUUGACUGGACCGAGUGACUACUACACGGACUACGUGGCUACCCGGUGGUACCGCUCCCCGGAGCUGUUGGUGGGGGACAUGCAGUAUGGCCCCCCAGUAGAUGUUUGGGCAAUCGGCUGUGUCUUUGCUGAGCUGCUGUCAGGGGUGCCUCUGUGGCCAGGAAAAUCCGAUGUGGAUCAGCUCUACCUGAUCAGGAAAACCUUGGGAGAUCUCAUUCCUAGGCACCAGCAAGUGUUUAGCACCAAUCAGUACUUCAGUGGGGUGAAAAUUCCAGACCCUGAAGAUAUGGAACCACUUGAAUUAAAAUUUCCAAACAUCUCUUAUCCUGCCCUGGGGCUCUUGAAGGGCUGUCUGCACAUGAAUCCUGCUGAGAGACUGACGUGUGAACAGUUGUUGCAGCACCCAUAUUUUGACAGCAUCAGAGAAAAAGGGAAUUUGGCAAAAGAUCACGACAAACCAGCAAGGAAGGCCCUGAGGCAGAACCGAAAGCACUUGCCUGGGUUGCAGUAUCUACCUCAGCUGACUAACAGCAGCCUCCUUCCAGCUUUGGAUAAUAAGAAGUACUGCUAUAAUCCGAAGAAACUUAACUACCACUUUCCAAACAUUUAAGAAGCUUGGAUAAAAAAAGAACUGAUCAAUAACUCAAAAGAAAAAAAAACCCAUACAUUUGAUUGAAAACCAUUCCAAUGUUGAGAAAACAUAAGUAACUAACUGGGAGAGACAACUUGGCAAGAUAUGAAGAGAAAUUUCAGAAGCAGUCCUCCAUGCUUGGUGAUGCUGCCUGCAACAGAAGGGGAAAAC